AUGCUGCGGCGUUUCGGAGCUACGCACGUCGUACCUUCUAUUCUGCCUCUCACCUCUUCUGUUGCAGCUGCUCGAUGCGAGCAUACGGUGGGCGUUGCUUCCUUGCAGGAGAAUGAUGUUUCACAAGGGCCUGUGCAGAUGAAUUACCUUCAAGCCAUUAAUUCCGCGCUUGACCAAGCACUUACCAGAGACGAGAAAACGGUUUUAUUUGGAGAAGAUGUCGCCUUUGGGGGUGUGUUUAGGUGUUCCCUCAACUUGGCCAAGAAACACGGUCCAAUGCGAGUCUUUGAUGCCCCACUGUCUGAGCAAGGCAUCGUAGGAUUCGCCAUUGGAAUGGCCUCUGUUGGGUGGAAGCCCAUCGCGGAGGUGCAGUUUGCUGAUUACAUAUUUCCAGCUUUCGACCAAAUUGUGACGGAGGCGGCAAAAAUGCGGUUUCGCUCUGGAGGUCAGUUCCAUUGUGGGGGUGUCGUCAUCCGGGCACCGAGCUCUGCGGUUGGGCAUGGGGGGACGUAUCAUUCGCAGAGCGUGGAGGGUUUUUUUAACCACUGCGCGGGCCUAAAGAUUGUCAUGCCCUCCACCCCAUUCGAUGCAAAGGGGUUGCUGCUACAGUGUGUUGAAGAGGAGGACCCGUGCAUCUUCUUUGAACCCAAACGCCUCUACCGUACCAUGGUGGAAGCGGUGGACCCCGGCUAUUAUACGAUUCCUCUCAGUAAGGGAAGAAUUCUAACCGAGGGAAGCAACGUAACUGUUGUGACGUAUGGCGCACAGGUUGGCGUGGCAAUGAAAGCCGCUGAGCUCGCAGCCCAGGACGGUAUCUCAGUGGAACUUAUCGAUCUCCGCACCGUGAAACCGUGGGACCGUGAAAUGGUCGUGGAAUCUGUACGAAAAACAGGUCAUCUUAUUGUGACUCACGAAGCUUCCAAGACGGGAGGGGUCGGGGCUGAGAUAAUUUCUUGUAUAACAGAGGACUGCUUUCUGUCCUUGGAGGCCCCACCCAUGCGUGUUUGCGCACUUGAUACGCCCCAUCCCUUGCAUGAGCGACUGUAUUUACCAAAUGAAUUGAAGGUUUACGAGGCAAUUAAAUUGGCCACUGGAUACUAG